GAGAGAGAGAGAGAGAGAACAACAGCUGCGGAACACGGCAACAGCGAUAGAAGCGCAAGCAAAGCCAAAGGAAAACAAAACCCUCAAAGCGGAGGAGAAGAGGAGAGAGUUGCGGUUCAAACCGGGGAAGUGGAAGCAUUGGGCAUGGAGGAAAAGCUAUAGAUGGUUGUUGGAGGAUAAGGAUCUUGAUCUACAGAAAAGAGCCGCAUUCGGAUGGUCUAUAGGAUUGGCGGUGGCUUUGGUGGGCGCUGGGUGUGGGGUGGAGGUGGAAGGUGGUGUUGGAGGUCGCUGAAGUUCUGUAGGAGUCGAUUGAAAGGGGGAGGAUGAGGAGAGGUAGGGGUGGGGCUGGUGGGAAGAAUGGGCUUCUGCCUAAUUCGCUUAGGAUCAUCUCGUCUUGUCUCAAGACUGUGUCUGCUAACGCUGGCUCUGUUGCUUCCACUGUCCGAUCGGCUGGUGCUUCCGUCGCCGCUUCCAUAUCCGCUGCCGCUGAGGACGAGAAGGACCAGGUGCUAUGGGCUGGUUUUGACAAGCUAGAAUUAGAGCUUGGUUCAUCUUCCUUCAAACAUGUUCUGUUACUAGGUUACUCUAAUGGAUUUCAAGUACUUGAUGUUGAGGAUGCUUCCAAUGUAUGUGAAUUGGUCUCAAAGCGUGAUGGUCCAGUUACAUUCUUGCAAAUGCAACCCACUCCGCUGAAAUCUGAAAGUGGCGAAGGAUUCAGAACAUUUCAUCCUAUGCUGCUGGUUGUAGCAGGGGAUGAAACCAAUGGCUUGGGUAUGGUUCAAGGUGGUCGUCUGAGUGCAUUGAUAAGGGAGACUACAAAUGAACCUCAAACAGGAAAUUGCAUUUCAACUCCUACAGUUGUUCGGUUCUUCUCAUUAAAAUCUCACAAUUAUGUGCAUGUUCUGAGAUUUCGAUCUGCUGUGUAUAUGAUUCGAUGCAGUCCUCGGAUAGUUGCCAUCGGCCUUGCAGCACAAAUAUACUGCUUUGAUGCUGUUACUCUUGAGAAUAAGUUCAGUGUACUAACUUAUCCAUUGCAAGGGGCUGUUGGAGUUAACAUAGGCUACGGUCCCAUGGCUGUUGGUCCAAGAUGGUUAGCUUAUGCUUCUAAUAGUCCUUUGACGUCGAAUUUAGGGCGUCUCAGCCCACAGAACCUUACACCCUCUCCAGGAGUUAGCCCAUCAACAUCACCUGGCAAUGGUAGCUUAGUUGCUCGUUAUGCUAUGGAGUCCAGCAAACAGUUGGCUGCUGGAAUACUCAAUCUAAGUGAUAUGGGAUACAAAACUCUGUCUAAGUACUGUCAGGAACUUUUACCUGAUGGUUCCAGUUCUCCAAUGUCUUCAGGCCGCAAGAUAGGAAGGCUUCAACCAAAUACUCAUCCAAGUGAAGCUGAUAACGCUGGAAUGGUUGUGGUCAAGGAUUUUGUUUCAAAGGAAGUUGUUUCACAAUUCAGAGCUCAUACCAGUCCAAUAUCAGCAUUAUGUUUUGACCCUAGCGGCACUUUACUAGUAACUGCUUCAGUACAUGGACAUAAUAUAAAUGUAUUCCGUAUUAUGCCAACUAUUAUAACCAAUGGUUCAAGCCCAGUGCGCUAUGAUUGGACUACUUCUCAUGUCCAGCUAUACAAGCUGUAUCGGGGUAUAACAACAGCUGUAAUAGAAGAUAUCUGUUUUAGUCACUAUAGUCAGUGGAUAGCAAUUGUUUCAUCACGGGGUACCUGCCAUAUUUUUGUCUUGUCUCCUUUUGGUGGUGAUUCAAGUCUUUUGCCCCAAAGUUGUAACUGUGAUGGACCUGCCCUUGUUCCUAGUCUUACAUCGCCAUGGUGGUCAACUUCCUCUUGUUCGAUGGAUCAACAACUCAUUCAACCUCCUGCUCCUAUUACACUCUCUGUAGUUAGUAGGAUAAAAAAUGGUUACUCUGGAUGGUUGAAUACUGUCAGCAAUGUUGCUGCAUCUGCAACAGGAAAAAUGCUUAUACCCUCUGGGGCCAUGGCAGCUGUUUUUCAUAAUUCUAUGAAUAAAGAUAAUCGACCGUCCCCUUUGAAGCGUAAUGCAUUGGAGCAUCUUUUAGUUUAUUCUCCAUCUGGUCAUUUAAUACAGCAUGAACUCUUGCCAUCUUUGGGUGCACAAUCAUGGGAUAUUGGAUCAAAAACUGGAGCCAGUCCUCUUUUGGAACAUCAAGAUGAGGAGUUACAUGUAAUUGUUGAACCAGUUCAAUGGUGGGAUGUGUGCAGAAGAUCAAAUUGGCCCGAAAGAGAUGAAAAUAUUUCUAAAGUUAACAAACAGCUGAGCGCUGAGUUUGUUAUGGAUUUUUGUGAUUGUGAAGAUAACGAUUCUUCACUUUUAAUGUCAUCUAAUGCUACUGCAGCUGAAAAGGAGUUUGAAAGGGCUGAUGAAAGACAUCACUGGUUCCUGUCCAAUGCAGAAGUGCAUGUUAAUUCUGGGAGAAUACCAAUAUGGCAAAAACCUAGGAUCUGCUUCUAUAGGAUGAUUCCAUUAAAAGGAAAUGGUGGAUCUAAUAUUGGUUGUGCUGGUGAACUUGAAAUUGAAAAUUUGCCAAUUACUGAGGUUGAAAUUAGACAGAAGGAUUUGCUGCCUGUUUUUGAGCAGCUUCAUACUGCCUAUCCAGAAUGGAGUGACAGCAGCAGUCUUACUGGACAAAGAUAUGAGUCAUCAUCUUCGAUGACUAUGAUAACUAGGAAUAACACUAACGUGGACUUGAGACCUGCAGUACCUCAACCUGCGUCAGAUUCUGGACCUCAAAAAGAUGUAAGCCUGCAGCUAAGAUCAGCAGAGUCUUCAUCUCUUAUGCCUCCCAGCAGGAUAGGAAAUAGAUUUGUAGGUACCAUGCCAUCAGUGACCCAAGCAAAUGCAUCUAUUACGAUGCCAAUGAGAUAUUCUCACAACGAUUGUGCGCCUUUCGAUUAUACGCACUGUAGCAGUGAGUCUCCAAUGGGUAGCUCUGUUGUCCAUGGCUUAUCCAAUUCUGGGAGUAAUUUGUCAUCUGUUUCUGUACCAGCGACUAAGGAAUCUCUCUCUUCAAACAACAGUGGGAGCAGUGAGAUCACAGACUCUUGUAUUUCCAACUUCAAUGUACAACAAACUGAGAUGUCCGAGUCCCUUAACUCAGGACAGUUUGCUCCAUAUUUCGAUGAAGGCUAUUGUAAAGUAUCAGAACUCGAUGACUGCCGUGAGUUAACUGAAGUUGUCACUGAUGUCGACAGCAGCAGCAGCCACUGCGAGAGAGAAAAGCCUGAGGAAGAUGGUGACAACGAUGAUGUGCUCGGAGGGGUAUUUGUCUUCAGUGAAGAAGGUUGAUCACAACUUGCGCUGGCAUACAAAAAAAUAUACACCUUUGACCGUUGUUCUUUGUGAUGUUUUCUAGUCGUGAUGUUCAAAAAGACCAAAAAGAGAAAAGAAAGAAGAAAAUUCAUUCAACAAAUGACGAUAGUGAUUGGAAUCAUGUUCAAGAAUGGAUAUUCUUCGCGGUGAAUUAUGUCGAACCCUGUCCUCAUCCUGUACAUUGUGUAGAUGUGAACAUGUAAUCAAUGGAUAGUUAGUAGUUAUUGGAGGGAUUUCAAACUCUUGGUGCAGGCAAGUGUAUUAUGGUCUUGCAUCUUCCGUUACCUUGAGAUGAAAUGCCCUUGAUUGUUAGAUUGUACAGAAUCUAAGUAUGUUUAAAAACAGGUUCUCAGGCUGAUUCAUGGCCAGCUUUCAUUUCAA